CCCCGGACUGCGGCGCAGGCGUGAACUGAACCUGCUUUUGCUCGGCUCCCGCUCCGGCUCCCGCUCGCUCUGCCGAGGCAGCAGACAGAAAGGAACUCAUGAUGCCAAACUGCGAUCGUUCCUGUGGCUGCAGUCGUGGCCCCAACGUGGAAGAUGGCAAGUGGUAUGGGGUCCGCUCCUAUCUGCACCUCUUCUAUGAGGACUGUGCGGGGACUGCUCUCAGCGAUGACCCUGAGGGACCCCCAGUCCUUUGUCCUCGACGACCCUGCCCCUCACUGUGCUGGAAGAUCAGCCUGUCCUCGGGGACCCUGCUCCUGCUGCUGGGAGUGGCAGCCCUGACCACGGGCUACGCGGUGCCCCCCAAGCUGGAGGGCAUCGGUGAGGGCGAGUUCCUGGUGUUGGAUCAGCGGGCAGCAGACUACAACCAGGCCCUGGGCACCUGCCGCCUGGCAGGGACAGCGCUCUGUGCGGCAGCUGGGAUCCUGCUGGCCAUCUGCCUAUUCUGGGCCAUGACGGGUUGGCCGAGCCAGGAUCCCAAGGCAGAGCCCUUGGACACAGAUGCUGACGGCCACGUGGAGGUCUUCAGAGACGAGCCAGAGCAGCGGCUGUCCCCCAUCUUCUGUGAUGCCAGCGGCCAGCCAUGGCCACCUGUCAGCCCCUUUGGGCAGUCUUCUGUGCAGACCAUCCAGCCCAAGCGGGACUCUUGAGCUGCUCCUGUAGCCAGAGGAGGAGCCAGAUCUGAGGUCUGGGCCCUUACUCCUCCCCACCACUCCACACUCCACUGUCCCCCAGCCUCUCCCUUUCAGCAAGGCCCCUUCCCUCUCAGCCCCUAGAAGGCCCAGCUGUAGGUCAAGUCUGGAGUGCAAGUAUGUCUCUUCCCUAGGGGCCGGGCCUCGACCCGUCCAGGGUGCCAACUUUCCUUCCACUCUCAAAACUUCCCACCCCUCCUUCCCAAGUCCUUCAAGGGCAGAACACGUUUGUCUCAAUCUGUCCCCAGUCUUUUCUGUAUGACCUUGGGCAGGCCCUUUACCCGUUCAGACCGUUAGUUCCUGCCUCUACUAGGAGGGAUUUAGACCAGAGCCAAGACUUCUGGGACUUGCCUGGUCUCCCCAAGACAGCACUACCCUCCAUGGGCUAAUUCAGGGCAGGUAAAGGGGUGACUCUCACCCACCAGGGCGGACUUCCUCUCCAGUACAGAGUGAAAGUAACUGCCCCUCUCAGUUGCUUUCUACCUGCACUUUGGCAUUUGAGUCCCACCGCCCAUGCACUGUGGGCAGUUACCAAGCCGAGGCGCAGACGAGGUGGCUGAGGGAGACAGGGGUCCCUCAGCACGGCGGCCUGCAGGAACUGGAACUCACAUCUUCCCUUCUUGGUCAGCUCCUGCUCCUCACCUGCCACAGGGCUCCACACCUUCCUAGUUCCCAGGAAUUCCCAGGGACGGGGACAGGUUUGGCCUGGAGAGUCUGGCCAGAGGAGUGAUGGUCCCAGGUGGCUGCAAAGAUUCUAUGGACAUGGAUUAAAAUGGUCUCUAAAAGCCAGGGGCAGGAGAAGUGGUGUCUUUGACCCUCAAAGUCCACUCACCUAGAAACCAAUGGUGCUGCUCCUGGUAAAGGAUGUGCCCUCUGGACGCGCCAGUCCUGGAGAUGUCAUCUCCUUUCUGUACCACUAGAGGGAGCACCAAGACAGCUGGAGAGAAGGAGGGUUCCCACCUUUCCCCCUUCAGCGGCUACCAGCCUGGAGGGUCCUCAUCAUCUCUGACCAGGCCAGACCACUGCCAUUAUGUCUCACACUCUUCCCCAUGUUGUUCCCCUUCUGUCCCACCGUCCUGGUCAAUAAACAACUGGGAUGGAUAUUGACUUGGCUUCCUUUCUUCCUGGCCACAGAAGCAUGAGCAAAGAAGAAUGAAACAGAACUGAGCACCUACUAUGUGCUGGAACUUAAAUCCAUGAUUUCUCAUUUACUGCUCUGGAUGGCCCUUUCGGAAAGGAAUUAUCUUCAUUUUAUAGAUGCCACAACUAAAGUUUAGAGAGAUGAAGUCAGUAGUCUACAACCUCCUAGGAGUGGAUGGAUUUCAAUCCUAGCCUGAGGGCCAGCAGG